UGUCGGCUGCGAAGAUAGCACCAAAAAGCUUGUGAUCAGUUUCCCGUGGCUUUUGGUCGUUGCCUGGAAAGGGUAUCGCCGAUGAUGUUCCCCCAAUUCCGCCCUCCCAUCCCCUAUAUUCGUCUUUCCCCCAUUCUCUUCUCCACCGUGCUCUUCAAAAGAAGUGAAAAUAGGCUAGCCAAGCUCGCCAAGCUAUCGGCCCAAAGUCAAGUACCGUGCGCUAAGCAGUGGGCGCGAAGGGCGAAGGAAUUUAGUGUGUUGUAGACUACACUAAGGGAGGAAGGGAGGAGAGGGGUCACCCGUUCGGGCAGCGCGGGUGAGGGGCUCGACAAGGGUCGGAACCGGCGUCGGCCAAAGCGAGGUCCACUCACCUCGACUGCACCCAAGUACUUACAGUACAGAUACACUAAUGUGUAGUUGGGAAGAAAAUAAGUCUUGGUAGACGAGUGAAGCUGAAUCUUGUACAAUAAUAGCUCUGCGCUCUCAGCUCUCCGUGUGGGUCGGCAAUCCCGGCGUUGCGG